AUGUGUGUUUCUCUCCCUCCCUCUCUUUCUUUCUUUCUCCCUCCCUCUCUUUCUUUCUUUCUCCCUCCCUCUCUUUCUUUCUUUCUCUCUCCCUCUCUUUCUUUCUUUCUCUCUCCCUCCCUCCCUCUCUUUCUUUCUUUCUUUCUUUCUUUCUUUCUUUCUUUCUUUCUUUCUUUCUUUCUUUCUUUUCUCUCUCUCCUCCUCCCCUCUCUUUCUUUCUUUCUCUCUCCCUCGCUCUCUUUCUUUCUUUCUUUCUCCCUCCCUCCCUCUCUUUCUUUCUUUCUCUCUCCCUCCCUCUCUUUCUUUCUCUCUCUCCCUCCCUUCUUUCUUUCUUUCUCUCUCUCCCUCCCUCUAUUUCUUUUCUCUCUCUCUCCCUCCCUCUAUUUCUUUCUCUCUCUCUCUCCCUCCCUCUAUUUCUUUUCUCUCUCUCUCCCUCCCUCUGUUCUUUCUCUCUCUCUCUCCCUCCCUCUAUUUCUUUCUCUCUCUCUCUCCCUCCCUCUAUUUCUUUCUCUCUCUCUCUCCCUCCCUCUAUUUCUUUCUCUCUCUCUCCCUCCCUCUAUUUCUUUCUCUCUCUCUCCCUCCCUCUAUUUCUUUCUCUCUCUCUCUCCCACCCUCUAUUUCUCUCUCUCUCUCUCACACCCUCUAUUUCUCUCUCUCUCUCUCUCACACGCCUCUAUUUCUCUCUCUCUCUCUCUCACACGCCUCUAUUUCUCUCUCUCUCUCUCACACGCCUCUAUUUCUCUCUCUCUCUCUCUCACACCCUCUAUUUCUCUCUCUCUCUCUCUCCCUCCCUCUAUUUCUUUCUCUCUCUCUCCCCCCCUCUUUCUUUCUCUCUCUCUCUCUCCCUCUAUUUCUUUUUCUCUCUCUCUCCCUCCUCUAUUUCUUUUCUCUCUCUCUCUCCCUCCCUCUCUUUUCUCUCUCUCCCUCCCUCUCUUUUCUCUCUCCCUCCCUCUCUUUUCUCUCUCUCCCUUCUCUCUCUCUCUCCCUCCCUCUCUUUUUCUCUCUCUCUCCCUCCCUCUCUUUUUCUCUCUCUCCCUCCCUCUCUUUCUCUCUCUCUCUCCCUCCCCUCUUUUUUCUCUCUCUCUCCUCCCCUCUUUUCUCUCUCUCCCUCCCUCUCUCUCUCUCUCUCUCUCCCUUUCUCUCUCUCCCUCCCUCUCUUUCUCUCUCUCCCUCCCUUUCUCUCUCUCCCUCCCUCCCUUUCUUUCUUUCUUUUCUUUCUUUCUUUCUUUCUUUCUUUUCUUUCUUUCUUUCUUUCUUUCUUUCUCCUCCAUCCCUCUCUUUUUUCUCUCUCUCCCUCCCCUCUUUCUUUCUUUCUUUCUCCCACCCUUGCCCUCUUCUUUCUUUCUUUCUUUCUCCCACCCUUGCCCUCUUUUUUCUCUCUCUCCUUUCACCUCUCACUCUCUUUCCCCUCUACCUCUUUCCAUGUCUUUCUCUCACUCUUACUCUUACUCUCUAUCUCUCACCAUCCCUUGCUCAUCAUCUCUAUCUCUCCCUUUCUCCCCCUCUUCCUUCCUUGCUCAUCCAUUCCGUUUUCUUUCUGUCUGUCCAAUUUCACUUCCAUCUCUCUCAUUUUCAUUUUCCAAUUUUACUUUCUGUUGCUCUCCCAUUUUUUUUUCCACUCUUAGACUUUAUGGAUUAUUUCUCUCUCAUUCGGAUUAUUUCACUCUCUCAUUCGGAUUAUUUCACUCUAUCAUUCGGAUUAUUUCACUCUCUAUCUCGUUUGUAUUAUUUCUCUCUCUGUCUCGUUUGUAUUCUUUCUCUCUCUCUAUCAUUUUGUAUUCUUUCUCUCUCUCUCUCAUUUGUAUUCUUUCUCUCUCUCUCUCUCAUUUGUAUUCUUUCUCUCUCUCUCUCUCUCAUUUGUAUUCUUUCUCUCUCUCUCUCAUUUGUAUUCUUUCUCUCUCUCUCUCUCAUUUGUAUUCUUUCUCUCUCUCUCAUUUGUAUUCUUUCUCUCUCUCUCUCAUUUGUAUUCUUUCUCUCUCUCUCUCUCUCUCGUUUGGAUUCUUUCUCUCUCUCGUUUGGAUUCUUUCUCUCUCUCGUUUGGAUUCUUUCUCUCUCUCGUUUGAUUAUUUUCUUUCUCUCUCUCUAUCAUUUUGGAAUAUUUCUCUCUCUCUCUCUAUCAUUUUGGAAUAUUUCUCUCUCUCUCUAUCAUUUUGGAAUAUUUCUCUCUCUCUCUCAAUCAUUUUUGAAUAUUUCUCUCUUUCUCUCUAUCAUUUUGGAAUAUUUUCUCUCUCUCUCUCUAUCAUUUUUGGAAUAUUUCUCUCUCUCUCUCUAUUUUGGAUUUCUCUCUCUCUCUCUCUCUCUCUGUCAUUUUGGAAUAUUUCUCUCUCUCUCUAUCAUUUUGGAAUAUUUUCUCUCUCUCUAUCAUUUUGGAAUAUUUCUCUCUCUCUCUAUCAUUUUGGAAUAUUUCUCUCUCUCUAUCAUUUUGAAUAUUUCUCUCUCUCUAUCAUUUGGAAUAUUUUCUCUCUCUCUCUAUCAUUUUGGAAUAUUUUCUCUCUCUCUUCAUUUUGGAAUAUUUCUCUCUCUCUCUCUAUCAUUUUGAAUAUUUCUCUCUCUCUCUCUCUAUCAUUUUGGAAUAUUUUCUCUCUCUCUCUAUCAUUUUGGAAUAUUUCUCUCUCUCUCUAUCAUUUUGGAAUAUUUCUCUCUCUCUCUCUAUCAUUUGGAAUAUUUCUCUCUUCUCUAUCUCUCUCUCUCUAUCAUUUUGGAAUAUUUCUCUCUCUCUAUCAUUUUGGAAUAUUUCUCUCUCUAUCAUUUGGAAUAUUUUCUCUCUCUCUCUCUAUUUUGGAAUAUUUCUCUCUCUCUCUCUAUCAUUUUGAAUAUUUCUCUCUCUCUCUCUAUCAUUUUGGAAUAUUUCUCUCUCUCCUCUCUAUCAUUUUGGAAUAUUUCUCUCUCUCUCUCUCUCUAUCAUUUUUGGAAUAUUUCUCUCUCUCCUCUCUAUCAUUUUGGAAUAUUUCUCUCUCCUCUCUAUCAUUUGGAAUAUUUCUCUCUCUCUCUCUAUCAUUUUGA